AUGGAACAGCGAGAAGACAUCGCGGAUCUGAUCAUCUCCAUCGACGACACCGACAUCAACGCUCCGGACACGAUCACAGGCUUGAGUCCGCUCCACAAAACCGUGCUCCUUGACUUGGGAUCUUCGGCACAGAAGCUGGCGUUCAGAGGGGCCAACAUAAACGCUACUGACAAGGUCGGGAUGACUCCGCUUAUGCUCGGGUGCCGAUUGGGGCACGAGGCGAUUGUGGACAUGCUCGUGGACGUGUUCGGCGCUGAGAUCGACCCAGCAGACAAGGCCGGUUGGACCUGCCUUUUCUACGCCACUUACCACAACGAGUCCAACAUCGUGCACUACCUGCUGAUGCACGGCGCGGACACGGACCACAAGGACAAGCGGGGCAUGACGGCUAUCGAUUGGGGGGAGCACAUGAGGUUCGGAGAGACUUGCGCCAUAUUCUCCAGGUUCGAGUCGCAACUGGCGCCGUAG